CUCACUCGAAUGAAAGUCAGUUGCAUUUUGGAGGCAGUUAACUUAAGUUAAUUACAUUUCUAGGGAUUCCUCAGUUAUGCAAAUGAUGAUGCCCUUAACACUGUGCUGUAUUAAUAUUAUUCAGGCAUUGACGGUAAUGUCAAUCCCUUUGCCUGACUCCGGACCACAUUUGGGAAAUGACUGGACACAGCCUAUCAGGCUAAAGCAUCUAUAUGCUGCCAGAGACGGACUUCAUCUUCAAAUUAGAAGGGAUGGAAGAGUGGAUGGAUCCCCUCAACAAAGUGCUCUCAGCUUGAUGGAAAUACGUCCGGUUGAUAACGGCUGCGUGGCCAUCAAAGGAAUCGCGAGUUCUAAGUUCUUGUGCUUGGAGAGAGAUGGAAGAUUGUAUGGAUCUUACAGUUAUGUGAGAGAUGACUGCACUUUUGUUGAGCAGAUUCGUCCAGACGGAUACAACGUCUACAUUUCCAGCAAGCAUGGCACCCUGUUAAGCCUGAGUGUGAGGACCAGUAGCCAGGCCCAUGGUCAUGAAAAGGGCCUCAGCACUCAUGCACAGUUCCUUCCCAUGAACAACAAUUUGAAACAUUCACAAAUCCCCCACCGUGACUCAGUCUCUCUCUCUGAGCACCAUCAGGACACCCCAUCAAACCUGCAAAUAGACAGCAUGGACCCUUUUGGAAAGGUUUCUCAGAUCUACAUACAGAGCCCUAGUUUCAACAAAAGAUGACCACUCCGGAGUAUUGUUUCAUACAAUAUUCAAGCAUUCCAAAUAUGAACAAUGGAAGGGAAUACGUGCUCUGAUUCAGAUAAAAGAGAGCUGGACUGAGAACAUUCCAGUUGGGCAUUUGAAUAUUGCAGACUGGGACUCCAAGUGAAUGACUCCAGUGUAUUAAUAUUAGCUUGGAUGUUAAGACAUAGAUCAUUUCUCAGGGUUUUUACUGUAUUUUAGAAGUGCUGUUAUUUUCCCCUACUGUAUGCUUCAUAAGGUAAAUUCCCAUAAUUUCCGCAUGUACUGAAAUGAGCAGUUCGUCAUCUUGUUUGUUGUCUGAUUAUUUGUUUUUAUACAUUUUGUUGGCCUGAUUGAUUGAGAUGCAGGUCUUGUGCAUGUUUGAUGGAUAUUAAGAUGUACAGUAUGCUACAUUUUCAAAAAUACAGGGUUACAUGGUUCAUUGUCAGCCAUAACAUUUUCUAACAUAUUUAAAGGUUCAGUCUGCAUAUAACAGACCUAUGGGUUUUUUUGUCAGAUUUGGCUAAUUGUUCCUACUAGUGUUGUUAAUGGUUGUACGUUCUGUGAAUGUCUUCUAAUUAAGAAACCUAAGGGGGCGAUUGUGCUCUGGCAUGGUACAAGUGAACUGUGAGUACGCCUUCAGUCUGUCCUUUUGCAAAAAUGACAUAUACACCGUAAACUGCCCAUGUGUUUUUGUCUUCAGUUGUAAAUUGAUGAUUCUAUUCGAGAUGAAUGAAGGAUAAAUAUGAUGUAACAUGUAACACUAGCUUUGGUAAGACAUGAUAAAAGCACCAUAAUGUAACCAAAUCUGGUUAUACUGCAAUGCUUUACACUCUUUUUUGAUGUAAAGCCUUAUACAAUGAUUAACACUGAACCACAUUUUAAUAGGCUAUUACAACUGCUGGUAAGCUGUGUUUUAUUUCAUUGACUCUUGUUAUGUGUGCUAAGUUUGGUUCCAUAUGGAAUUGUAGAAAUGCAUUUUAAAAAUUCUGUUUAAGGGGGGGGGGGGUGGUAACUGAUGGUAGCAGUUUUCUAAUGAGCUGGUCUCUGAUCAUGAGGUUCUAGAUUAAAAAAAAUCUGUUUCACUAUACGUGUUUUUGAAACAGGGUUCCCACGGUCAUGGAAUUUCUGGAUUAUCAUGGAAUUUUGUCACAUAAAAAGUCAUGGAAUUGUAUCAUUUUUGGGACAAAGUCUUGGAAUAUCAGGGAAUUUAGUUGUAGCAGUUUAAAAUGUACUUUCCAAAAUAUGUAAUACAAAUAUACUGUAUCUCCAUGCAGAAUUAGUAUGUACAGUAUUUGCUUCACUGCUUGCUUGA